CUGCUCCUCCGGAGGGGAGGCCAGUCCUGUGCAGUCUGGGAAUAGAGGGAAGGUGGACCGGUACGUCUUCCUCUUCCUGGAGGAAAACAAUUGAGAGUCGAACAAAAUGGCCUGGUGGAAAGCCUGGAUUGAACAGGAGGGUGUUGCAGUGAAGGGCAGCCCCCACUUUAACCCAGACCCGGAUGCGGAGACCCUCUACAAAGCCAUGAAAGGGAUUGGGACCAACGAGCAGGCCAUCAUCGAUGUGCUCACCAAGAGAAGCAACGCACAGCGGCAACAGAUCGCCAAGUCCUUCAAGGCGCAGUUUGGCAAGGAUCUCACCGAGACCUUGAAGUCAGAGCUGAGUGGCAAGUUUGAGAGGCUCAUCGUGGGCCUCAUGUACCCGCCAUACAGAUACGAAGCCAAGGAGCUGCACGAUGCCAUGAAGGGCUUGGGAACCAAAGAGGGCGUCAUCAUUGAGAUCCUGGCUUCUCGGACCAAGAACCAGCUGCAGGAGAUAAUGAAGGCGUAUGAGGAAGACUAUGGGUCCAGCCUGGAGGAAGACAUCCAAGCAGACACCAGCGGCUACCUGGAGAGGAUCCUGGUGUGCCUCCUGCAGGGCAGCAGGGAUGAUGUGAGUGGCUUUGUGGACCCAGGCCUGGCCGUCCAAGAUGCACAGGACCUGUACGCAGCAGGCGAGAAGAUUCACGGGACUGACGAGAUGAAAUUCAUCACCAUCCUGUGCACGCGCAGUGCCACACACCUGAUGAGAGUGUUUGAGGAAUAUGAGAAAAUCGCCAGCAAGAGCAUUGAGGACAGCAUCAAGAGUGAGACCCACGGCUCCCUGGAGGAGGCCAUGCUCACAGUGGUGAAAUGCACCCGGAACCUCCACAGCUACUUUGCAGAGCGACUUUACUAUGCCUUGAAGGGAGCAGGAACGCGUGAUGGGACCCUGAUAAGAAAUAUCAUUUCAAGAAGCGAAAUUGACUUAAAUCUUAUCAAGUGUCAGUUCAAGAAGAUGUAUGGCAAGACCCUCAGCAGCAUGAUCAUGGGAGACACCAGCGGCGAUUACAAGAAUGCCCUGCUCAACCUGGUGGGCAGUGACUCCUGAAGGCUCAGAGUGGGGCAAAGGCCAGGAAGUCGGAGCCACGGGGCCCUGCCUGCUCAACCUUGGCCAUGAUUUGGGGGGUGGGGGGAGGGCACAACUUGCCUUUCAGUCUUCUAUCUCCCAGCUUCUAGUGCUUUCCAGCUUUCUCUGCCUGGGGCUCCUCCCUCCACUGUUUCACCACCUCCCCUCCAGUCAGUUCCGGGCAUGAGCACAUUGCCAACCUCCGUAAAAUCUGGCCUGACAGACAUCUCAGCCUGAAGGGGUUGUUUCUUCCUCCAUACAAGGAGCUUCCCAAGCUUGACGGGCCACAGAGUCACCUGUGCCCAGGUCACACAGAUACACAGCCCCACUCCAUCUAUUAAAUGAGUAUCUGCAGAGAAAAGACCAGAGAAUAAAGAAUUUGUGUAAGCAUCUCAGCUGAGACGCCUCUCUGAAAGGCCACUGGGGAGGCCGAAGAACCCAUCUGUUUCAGAGCACACGCAUGUGAGCCUCUGAGAGAGAAACACGUACAGCCGGGCCCACGGGGAGGUCACUCACAUUCAUUCAUGAGCCUCCUCUAAAAAAUAUAACAACUUGAGGCUAUAGGUAGAAUAAAAAUUCCCUUGCUGUCUAACUAAUAGAGAAACUGCAAACCGAUGUCCCACCCCGUGGACACUGCGUCCUGAGAGGCCUGGGCUUACCCGGUCCUUGAACAAACGAGCUGCUCUUUCCUCCCCUGACCCAAGCAGGAGGCAUCUCUUAUUCGAACCAAAUGGGUUGUGCUUUUCAGAAUAAUAAAGAUUUGUACGUUCAAAUCUAA